AUGUCGGUAUAUGGCGGAUUUUCAUCACUAUGUUCAGAGUCAUCAUAUAUCAACUGCCUAAGCCACAUUCUUGAAUUACUUCAAUAUCACGUAUUAUCUUCAAUAAGAGAUUGUAAUUUCUACACAGCACAUAUUGACUUUAACAUAUGAAGCAACGAUUUUCAUAAAUCUUUUGAAAGAUUGUAUAUACUAGAACAACAAAGAUUUUCAAUACCAAAAUUUUCCGAUUCUUGCAAAGAAGUAUACAGAUAUAUUGAAGGAAUCAAGCAUAAUCAGUCAUCACAAGAGUUAAAAAGUGAAAAACAGUUAAAAAAAAGAAAAAAUAAGCACAAAGAAGAAGGAGAUGCGUCAGCAAUAAUUCUGGAAAAAGCAAAUGAGUCAUUAAGAGAUUUACUCAGAGAAAGUCCAGUAAGUAUGAAAUAUAAGACUACUGAGAGAAACGAAAGAAAAAGAUGCAUAAGCACUAGGCCAACUACAAGCAAGCAUAGAAGAUUUACAAGUGAGGGAAAUUCAUUCAUGCUAAGACUUCCAUCAGCUUCUUCCAAUCGAAAGAAAAACCAAAUUGAAACAGGAGCAUUACAGCGCCGCUCUUUAAAGCGAUUAUUGCAAGAUCUUGGUACCUCUGCUUCAAAAUCUGUAAUAUGGAUCCCAGACAAAUCUUAA